AUGCCGAAUCAGACAGAGGAGGACUUGGCGCUGAAGAAAAUCUCGCCCAUCCUGCAGUGGUGGGCUGAAAGCCGUCGCCUUUUGGACGAAACUGACCAGGACAACGAUGACAUGCAACCAACGAGGGCUCGCACGAUGCCUGCCAUGCACGCGGAGCCAGAGCCCGAGCGCAACAGUAUUUCGUCGGAAACGGAAUCCCCUGCCCGUCCGGUGCGUCGCCGCUCCAGUCUGAUGCUCGUGGGUCAGCGUCCCUCGCGUGGCUCUCUCCUCGACACAACUCUGACAACAUCCCUGCAAGCUGGAGUCGGUGUUCAGGAUUCGCCCCAGCUGCCUGCUCGCGGCACCGCUUUGUCGUCGUUCCGGUUUCCAACAGUGCCAUCCGUAUCGCGCCUGUCUGAGGGCGAAGAAGAUGAGACCGAAGACACAACAGCGGCGCGCGCGGAUGUGCGGACUGACCAGCGGCUGUUUGCGCAGGGGCAAGCGAGCACAGCCAAGAGCAGGCGGCAGAGUGGCCGCAGUGGGCGCAGCGUUCGAAGUGAUCGCAGCGUUUGGAGUGAUCGUCGUGGCGGCGGGAGUGACACGCGGCGGCGUGGGGAGCACAGACACAGGUCGUCCCGCGUCUCGCGUCCAAGAGCGCGACGGCCCGUAUCGGAAGCGCCAUCCCAGUCACCGUCAUUGUCGCCAUCAGGAACAUCAACACAUCGCCGCUCCCCGCGCGUGUUCAUCGCCAGUCGCUCCCCGUCUCCGUCGCCCACAUAUGCGCGCGUUGCGAAUCUCACGCCCCCGAACAUGGCCGAGACGCUCCCACAUACGGCGUCGGGCCCCUCAAUGCUAUCGCAGACAAUGGGCGCAUCUGUAUCGUCAUCGGUUGAACGCACACGCACCCAUCACCACCACCAUCGUCAUCACCACAGUGGCGGAAGCGCAAGCAACAGCGACAGUGCACGUCACCAAUACCAUGAAGAGCCGUACCCGCAGCAUCGCCACUCGCAGGUGCCACCGCCAUCACAGCGACAGUAUCAGGAGAACACAGGGACGGAGAAGCGAGAGCGGCGGCGUGCAAAGUCCGCAAUCCCUCGCUUCGACUCGCUGUCACGAAAGGCCAGAAAGAGCGACACGAGACCCGUGCGUGUGCAUCUCGUCAACACGAGCCCACGCACGUCCCCGUUCAGCAACACACUGCCAGCCGGCAGCCCGCAGCUGUUCCGCUCCCUGCAAGACCUCUCACAUUCCCCAUGA